AACACCAUCUACAACCAGAAGAAGCCUUUCCAUAUCAUUGCUGCCCUGUAUACAGGCUCAUCUUCAAUUUUAUUCGAAUCAUCGUUCAUAGAUACAACCCAUCCAUUAUUUUAUUGACUUCUUUCGCUUGUAGUAUUGAUUUGCUUUCACAAGAAUUGGGUUGAUCGCGAACAGUAAAUGGAAAACUAUGUUUGGAAUAUAAUAAUCGUGGGAGCGAUUUCAUGGGCAAUAGCAUUUGUGUUGACCAGAAAGUUGCUGCCAAACUAUUCUUUCGAGUUCUGCAAUCGCCUGGUUUCUUCAAUCCAUGCCAUUUUAGCUGUGACAUUAGCUUUUCUCUCAGUUGAAGAUUGGAGGUGCCCAGCAUGUCCUUUGGCUUCAAAACCUUCACCCAAUCAGAUGCGAACGCUGGCAGUGAGCGUUUCUUACCUGAUAUAUGAUCUGAUAUGUUGCGUCUUCGACAAGCGAUUCAAUCUGGACAAUACAAUUCACCAUUUGGUUAGCAUUGUUGGAUUGGGAGCUGGCCUUGCCUAUCAAAAGUGUGGAUCAGAGCUGGUUACGGCAGUGUGGAUAACAGAGAUGUCAAGCCCUUUCCUCCACUUAAGGGAGCUUCUUAAGGAUCUUGGUUACAGGGACACUGCCCUUAAUUUGGCAGCCGAUAUCUCAUUCGCACUAAUAUUCACCUGUGCGAGAAUGGUUGGUGGGCCUUACCUUGCUUACGUGACACUGAAAGCUGAUAAUCCACUUAUUAUUAAGGUAAUGGCGGUCGGAUUACAGCUGGUCAGUGCUUUCUGGUUCUACAAGAUUGUGAGAAUGGUGAAAUACAAGCUCGCCAACAAAACCAAAACCACGGCCAACAAAGCUGAAAAAUUGAAUUAGGCCUGUGCAAAAUUCAUGUGCAUCUAUAAAGUUUAAGUCGAUAGUACUUCAAUUUCCUUUGAGAUUGAGUUGCGAGAAUGAUAAGAAUCAAUACGAUUUAAUUAAUUAUAUAAUAAAA